UAGUGACAUUAUAAAGCAAGAGGAAAGCGGAUGAACCCUGCUCCGAGGAGAGCUACCGCGAUCGAAUCCUCUGUAGAUUCUUUGCCGAAGGAAAAGAAGAAAGAGCAAAAUCGGAACCCUAAGUUCUCCUCGAUUGCUCAAGCUUCCAGUGACUCUCCAUGGAAAGGCAAUCAAACUGCAGUCCUUGUUCAUCCAAUGAAAAUGCAGUAUUAGAUGUGAAACCAUUACGGUCCCUAGCUCCGAUGUUUCCUGCACCACUGGGGUUGAACACGUUCACCCAGUCGACUGCCCCUCCUUUUGUUUGUGUCGCCCCUGUUGGUCCAUUCCCAUCUGGUUUCGAGUCUGGGUGCCCUUCUGGGUUCUCUCCAGCGUUUACCUCUUUUGCCACUUCAGAUGCCCCUCACCGGGGGUCAGUGGGCCCUGUUCCUGGAGCUGCUAACGUUGGAGCUGCUGAUGUUGAAAUGCCCAAUGCUAAUGGCUGUAUUCGGGCCACUCCACUCUCUUCUACCUUUCGGACGCCACCAACAAAUGUCAUCCCAGUGGACGAUGAUGAAGAACCUACUUACAGUGGUCACACAUCAGCAUCUGGAAGGAGGAUUAAGAGACCUGCACACUUAAGUAGCUAUCGUUCGGUUGGUUCUGAUACAGAGGGCAUUGAUGGGUUGAAGGUCAAAAAGGUGCGCCCUAGAAAGGUUUUCGACAGUGAGCUAGCUUUGGUGCCAUCUUCGUUGCAUGACAUCAAGCGAUCAGUAGAGACGAUCCUCGUGACUUUUGAUGCACUCCGGCGGAGGCUUCUGCAGGUGGAUGAGGCAAAUGAUAUAAACAGGCGGGCGGAUUUAAAAGCUGGGGCCAUCAUGAUGGCUAAUAAUCUCAGGGCUAAUUUAGGGAAGAGGAUAGGACCUGUUUCAGGGGUUGAAAUUGGGGAUAUUUUCUAUUUUAGGAUGGAAAUGUGUGUGGUUGGGUUGCAUGCCCCUAGCAUGGCUGGUAUUGAUUACAUGAAUGCAAGGUUUGGUGAACAGGAUGAUACUGUGGCCAUGAGUAUUGUUUCGGCUGGGGGUUAUGAAAAUGAAGAAGAUGAUGUGGAUGUUUUGGUUUAUACUGGCCAGGGAGGCAGUAGCAAAAACAGCAAGAAUCAAAUGGAUGACCAGAAGCUUGAAAGAGGUAACCUCGCUCUGGAGAGAAGCAAGGAUCGGAAGAAUGAGAUUAGGGUGAUAAGGAGUGCAAAAGAUUUCAGCGUGCAGAAUGGCAAGAUUUACAUCUAUGAUGGCCUCUACAAGAUUCAGAAGUCCUGGAUAGACAAAAGUAAGUCUGGCUUUAAUGUUUUCAAGUACCAGCUGCUAAGAGAACCGGGGCAGCGUGAUGGACUUGCGGUGUGGAAACGGACUCAGAAAUGGAAAGAGAAUCCAGCAUCUAGAGAAAGAGUUAUACUCCCUGACAUAUCAUCUGGUAUUGAAAAUCUUCCUGUUUGCCUUGUUAAUGAUGUUGAUGGUGAGAAGGGACCCGGCCAUUUCACGUAUGUCACAAAAGUCAUGUAUUUGAGACCUAUUAGCUCAAUGAAACGUUUAGGGGGCUGUGCAUGCCUUAGUGUGUGCCUUCCUGGUGAUACCAAUUGCUCUUGUGCUCAACAAAAUAGUGGUGACCUUCCAUAUAGUUCAACCGGCUUCCUUGUGAGCCGCAAGCCUGUAAUAUAUGAAUGUGGUUCUUCCUGUCAGUGCUCUAUUAAUUGCCGGAAUAGAGUUACUCAGAAGGGUAUUAGGCUCCACUUUGAAGUUUUCAGAACGAGGGACAGGGGUUGGGGUCUUCGUUCUUGGGAUCCUAUUCGGGCAGGUACAUUUAUUUGUGAAUAUACAGGCGAAGUUGUUGAUGAAAUCAGAUUGGAUGAUGAUGGUGAAGAAGAUGAAUACAUAUUUCAAACAACAGGUGCCGGAGAGAAAACAUUCAAAUGGAACUAUGAACCUGAGUUGCUUGGAGAACCAAGAACAAAUGACUUAAGUGAGACUUUUGAGCCGCUACCUAUUAUCAUAAGUGCAAGGAAUAUGGGCAACAUUUCCCGUUUUAUGAACCAUAGCUGCUCCCCUAAUGUCUUUUGGCAGCCCGUUCAACAUGAUCAUGCUGAUGAAGGAUACCCACAUAUCAUGUUUUUUGCAAUCAAGCACAUUCCUCCCUUGACAGAAUUGACGUAUGAUUAUGGCCAGGGUGAAGUUGAAUCUGGUGGCAUGGGGCCCCGUAGAGCUAAGAAGUGUUUAUGUGGAUCGCCAAAGUGUCGAGGCUUUUUCCGCUAAAUCUUAAGCAAGAUAUGCAUGGGGUAAAUAAAAUAAUAACCCAUAUCUCAAGUUUCCCUUCCUGCUUGUAAUUUAAAUUUCAAAGGAUGACAUUGGUACGGCGUGUGGCAAUGUCAUGUCACUGUUUGUCGGUCAACUGUCGCGGAGAGCGCUUUAGUAACGGAAUGAACAGCGCUGACUCAUGCAGGUGAUGUGGUGGCUCUCGUAUAGGAGAAGUGCAGAGGAACCAUCAGGAUCCAUCCGAGCUAAAACGUGGGAAGCCAUCAACUUUUGUAACUUAGAUAAUGUAAUUCUGCUGUUAAUUGCAUACUUCUCUUAAUUCUUACAUGUUUUGUACAAGUUUUACAUGGUCAGAAAUUUCUUGUUGUAUGUUUUGGUAAUUUAGUUUAUUGUAGUUUUGGGGAUUGUGUUUCAA